UGUCGGAGAGUGAGAAACUUCUCUCCCUCCUCCUCUCUGGCUUUUCCUUCUCCCAAAAUUCCCUCGGACACCUUUCUUUUUUUUUUGUCUGCUUUUGUUUUUUAUUUAACUUCUCGCAGGACUAGCCACCAGUGCCUCAGUCGACAACCUUCUGCUUUAUUUUUUUAAUUUGUUUGAAUUGUCCUAUUCGGGACCGAUCCGGACGCGCACCGGAGGAUUUCCUGUCCUCGUCCGUUCAGGAGUGACUCGACCAAGUUUCCCCCCCUCCUUAUUCUGCCUGAGGAAUGAGAGCACUGCUGGGAGGGAGAGCUGAAAACUCGUAUGUUUGAAUGAACAAAAGAGCAGAAAGCGAGGGUAUUGCCGCCGCAAUGGAGGAAAAUACUCUGCCAGGAGCAACAUAUCCUUGCUCAGUUCUCAACUCGAACCCUACGAGGCCUGACCCGGAGGGGGAAAGCAGCCCGUUGAAGACAGACAACACUCAGAGGAUGGACUCUCCGGUCAAGAAAGAUUUAGACCGAAGACUGACGACCCCCACAAAAUCUGACAUCAUCCCUCGAUCACCUGCGUCGCCGGCAUCUCCAGUCCCCAGGUCAAAAAGAGAUGCCGUAAAGUCAGAAGAAAGGCAAAAACUUGCAAAAGAGCGCAGGGAGGAGAAGGCCAAAUACCUCGAAGAGCUCAACAAGCUACAAGCUGCCAAAAAGACCCAGUGGCUGGAGAAGGAGGAGAAGGCACGGCAGCUGAGGGAGCAGCAGCUGGAGGAACGCCGCAGGAAGCUCGAGGAGCAGCGGAUUAAGGCAGAAAAACGACGAGCAGCCCUGGAAGAGAGACAGAAACAGAAACUUGAGAAGAACAAAGAACGCUAUGAGGCAGCAAUCCACAGGUCAACCAAGAAGACGUGGGCAGAAAUCCGUCAGCAGAGAUGGUCAUGGGCCGGCGCAUUAAACCAGAACUCGAGCCAGAAAGAAGGCAGAUGCUCUGUUUCAACGGUCAACCUGCCCAAACAAGUGGACUCUGUUAUAAACAAGCGACUCUCCAAGUCCUCUGCCACGCUCUGGAACUCCCCCAGCAGAACCCGUAGCCUUGCACUGAGCCCAUGGGAGAGCAGUAUAGUGGACCGGCUGAUGACACCGACGCUGUCUUUCCUCGCUCGGAGCCGCAGCGCUGCCAGUGUUCUCAGCAAUGGCAAAGAUGGUCGUAAGUUGGAAAAAAACACUAAACACUCUCUUCUCUGCCCACGUUCGGCCUCAGCCAGUCCGCUCACCCUGUGCGCCCACCAGCCUCAUCACCGCUGCUCUGACCGCUGGAGAGUGACGUCCAGCACACCGGACAUCACCCAGCGCCAGCGUCGACGGAGCUCCACGCCCAUGGACAAAAACAAGAAAGAAAAGAAAGACAAAGAGCGGGAGAAUGAGAAGGAAAAAAGUGCCAUCACUAAAGAGAAGGUGCUGAAGAAGAGACAGUCUCUACCCAGUAUGAGACACAGACCUGAUCCAAGCCCUAGUCCUUUAUCAAGACAACGGCCUGCAUCCCCAGCCACACCCAAGGGCAGAACAGCCUCUCCCAGCCCUGCUGCUUCCCCCAAGCCUCCGUCAACACGCGGGAGCCCGUCGACUCCUAAGGGCCGCCCCAAAAGAGCCCGGACCCCUGCCAGGAUAGACCAUCGGACCUCCUCCCCUGUCCCGCUUGAGAGAGUGAAGGAGCCUCGUAGGGCCGCCACCCCAGAGGAGAGAAAGAGUUCCCCUGUGGUUCCUGCCAUCGUCGUAUCCUCAGGAGCUGCCACAGCUCAUACGUCAAGCACACCAGUGACAACCAGUGCCACUUCUUCCUCACCUGAGCCAGUCCAGUCGACAGCUUCUGUCCGUGCAGUGUCCCCUGCCCCCUCCCCGUCUGCCAAGCCCAUGGCCGGCACCAACGACCCGGAGGAGGCCGCUCGCAUCCUGGCCGAGAAACGCCGGCAGGCUCGUGAGCAGAGGGAGAGAGAGGAGCAGGAACGCCGCGAACAGGAGGAGAAGGAGAGAAUCCUCAGAGAGGAGCGAAUUGCGAGGGAGGCAGAGGAAAGACGACGCAGGGAGGAGGAGGCCCGAGCCAUGGCCGAGGAGCAGCGGAGGAGGGAUGAAGCUCAGCGGCUGCAGGAGGAGAAGGAGGCUGAGGAGAGAGCCAAAGCCGAGCAGGAGGAGAACCUUCGCCUGCAGAAACAGAAAGAAGAGGCUGAGGCUAAAGCCCGAGAAGAGGCGGAGAAGCAGCGUUUGGAGAGGGAGAAACACUUCCAGAAGGAGGAGCAGGAGAGGCUGGAGAGGAAAAAGCGUCUGGAGGAGAUCAUGAAGAGGACACGCAAAACAGAUGGCGGUGACAAGAAAGAGACAAAGUCCUCCCCACUUGCACAUGUCAAUGACAAACAGGCAGAGAGCAGCAAAGCAUCUGCUGACUAUCAGCCAAAGCCAGAGGUCAACCUGCCCAACAAUAAGACAGAAAAUGGACAGACCAAUGUCACGGAAAGCAGCCACUCGGUCCAAGUGGUUAAUGGGGUCCAGCCUGUGAGACAUGAAAAUGGUCUGUGCACUAAAGGAGAUUCUGCCCACUUCGAAGACAUCAUCCAUCUCACAAAUCACGGCAACACCACUAAUGGAGCCCGGGAUAAGUCUGAGACCAGCAUGGCCACCGAGCCCAUCCUCUCUUUCGAAAGCGACGAGUCAUUCAUGAAAAAGGCAGGCCCCAUGAAGCCUCAGCAUGUUGCAGAGGUCCUGUGACAUAUUCCAGUGUUGAAGUGCUCAUCGCCUUAGGCCACCAACCUUUCCCAGCCCUGCCAACGCUCGCAUGGCGAGCCCUGUGACCUGUGCCAAUCAACAACCUCCUUCUAAGCUCUGUACAGCAAACGUGCUUUUCUCUGAAGAUGAAGUGGGCCACAGAAGACGACGACAAAGCACCAGGACACAUGCGACAAACAAGACGGGAUGAAAGGUGUUGCUGCAUGCAACAGAGGUGCAUCAGUGUUAUCAUUUGUAAAGAUCUUUGUGGCACCGAUUCCGUGCACCUUAUUACUUAACAGUAUCAUCCUUUGUACAUGACAGUACAGCUGAGUAAUUAUUAUGUUACGCUGAAAAAAAAAAAGAACUGUUUGUUUUCUUUGUUCUUUAGUUAUUUAACUGAAAGAGAAAUAUAAAAGACUGGGUACAUCUUUGUGAAUAAUGUAAAUGAACUUUGUGUGUUGGACAGAGGAAGGGUCUGUGGAUUAAAGUCGUAUGAAAGGGAGCCAUUUGAUGCUACUCUGCCAUGAGUAGGUCUUCUAAAUAAAACCCAGGUAGUAUGCAUCCUGGUUUGUAUAAAGCUACCUGUAACAGUUUUUUGUAAAAUUGAGCUGAGAAAUUAAAAGAAUUGAAUUGUAAGUUCACGAGGAACAGUUUCCCACUGAGUGUAAACAUACUGUCUGUUCAUACUGAAACCUCAUCUAUGAUUGAUUGUAUGCAGAACUGGAUGUAAUAAUGAGUGUGCAACCUUUAAAGAUUAUGAAACCAGAAGUCAUCUAAGGUCAAAUCUCUAUAAGCAGGGAUUUGCUUCACUAUUUAACAGUUGAAACUGUUUUUUUUGUUUUUUCCACACGUAGCAGCAUGGCUCAGUUUUCUCUCAUUUGCGUUGAGAUUCUGUGGACUCAGAGGUAUUUGAAAUGCUGAUGCGUGUAUAUGCUAUAAAUAUAUUUUGAUGUGCAUUGUAAGGUCAGUGGGAGUAUUUUAAGUCUUAUUAAAGACAAGCGGUCCAGUC